ACGUAGAACGUCAUUAAAAAUAUGUAAAGAUGAAAGUUAUUUUUAAUUAUUAGGUUUAAAUAAUAUAUUGGACUUUUCUUUUGGAAAUAAAAUGUCUAGUGUAAUCCCGCUUCAAGAUUGCUUAUUCGGGUAUUGUUUUGCUACAUUGUGAACGUCGUGUCUAAAUUUAGAAGCAAAGUUUACAUAAAUUAUGAUUUUAAUAAAGCAAACAGUACAAUUCUCGCGAAUAAGAAGCAAGGUGAUCACAAGGAUAGUAGGAGCGCGUGCUGCGUGUGAGGAUGGUGCACCUGGAGAUGACGGGGGGCCAACAAUGCUGCAGCACUCUAACUAUAAAUGAUCUGCCUAAUGAACUACUUAUUUACAUUUUUUCUAAAAUAGAUUUCGAGUCACUGUUGGCGGUAGCAAAAGUUUGUAUGAGAUGGCAGCAACUUUGCCUGACACCAUGUGUAUGGGACAACACACGCCUCAUUGUGUGUAUGAAAAACUAUGUCAGGAUAAGUGAAAACAUUGUGCCUUUUGUAGCAAAGUAUUUAAAAAAUGUGAAAUUACAGUAUUUCAAGUUGUAUUCUCAAGUAAGGGCUUCCCUCAUUAGCUACUGCCCUAACUUGACUCGUCUAGAAAUUAGCAUAUCUCAAGUUGAUAGUUGUAUAUUUGAUGAUUUACAAUACUGGCCGAAUUUAAAAUUUUUGAGUUUCCGUAAUUCUUUAAUAGUACAAAAUCCAGAGAAUGCAAACGGGAAUUUUGUUUACCACUUGCCUUUUGAAAAGUUAAAGAAUCUUGAAACUCUGGUUCUCUCGAAUUUUGCUCUUACACAUGGCAGCCUUUACAGCAUGCUUGAGUGUUCCAGUUUAGUCAGUAUUAAUAUGGAAAAAAUGAAAAACAUCCCUGCAGAUUUCCUAGAAUCCUUGCUAAGGACAAAGCAAGCCAGUCUUGAAGCAUUGUACAUUUAUGGAGACACACUGAAUGAUGAUAUAGUUCGCUACAUAUCCAACUGCAAGGUGCUACAGGUCCUGCAUAUUAUGACCUGCAAAACCCUGUUUGAUUCCAGUUUGUUGCACUUAAACAGACUAAAAAACUUACGCUCACUCAAAUUGCGUCACGGGUAUUUUUCAACCACAGCUUUACUUGGUUAUUUUACAAAUAACGUGUUUCAACACUUGACUUACCUGAGUCUGUCCCGCUGCCCGCACGUGACCAUGCAGGUGGCUCGGGCUAUCAAAGCAAGUGCACCCAAUCUCGAGGAAAUGUCCUUUUAUUUGUGUCCAUUUAUUUGUGCUCCGGGUUUUAAUCGAGGAGAGUUAGAAAAUAUGUUCAAUAUACAGCUACUCCUUGACUAAGUGAUUCUCAUAUUUUAUUUACAGAUCUAUUGAAAUUUUUAUGCUAUAUUUUGAGUGUUUAUGAAUUUAAUUCUACUACAGUAAAAGUAAUAUUUUAGAUGUUUUGUAAUAAAAAAAAUUGCCAUAUAAUGGAUUUGUUCUAGUUAAAACAAAUAUAGUCUGUUCGAAAAGAGUAGAGUCAUAGAAUUUAUGGGGCCGUAUACAAUCAGUGACUUUUCUCUUUCCGCACAAACUUAUUGACAUGAUAAAAUUACAGUUAUUAAAUGUGUUUGUGUGCAUAGUAUUAUAUGUGAUCUUGUUACUAGAAGAUAGCUAUCAAAUUGACAUGUUCAUUAUUAGGCGAGUCCAUACAGCGAGGCACGUCGCGACGCAAUGUGCUCGCGCGGCAAACGUUCAUACUGUUAAUAGACGUACCUCGGCCGAGGCAAAACGCACGUUUUAUCGGCCGAACAACCCGCCUCGGCUGCAGAACGUGUCCAUUGAACAUAUGCCGCGUCAGCAGAUUUCCAUGCGCCGUGCCUCGUCCUGUUAUGAUGCUAAUGAUGAAUAUUGAAUUUAAUGAAAUAUUGUGAACAAGAGGUUGUGCUUGUGACAGUUUACUUGUUACAAUGACCCAUAAUAGUAAUAAACUACAGUAUUUUGCUUAUUGACAGGUAUUAAAGUAAGUUAAGUACGUGUCUAUCUACUGACUAAAUGGUAGAAGAAAAAUGUAAAGCUGCAGAUAUUACUUCUGACUGUACUUAUAGCUCCUAAAUCAUACACUAUAAUAUUGUUUAUUUCCGCCUUUUUUGUUUUGAAACUGAUCGUCAAUUACUAUUAAAGUGCCUUAAAGA